CUGACAACCGUUUCCUGCUGGAUUCAUCUGUUGCCUACUUAUUGGUUGCCUGUUUACUCUGGCUCUCCACCGGCGAUUUAAAAUUUCCUCCAUUUUCUACCUGCAACGGCCCUAUGCACCGUUAUCUUUCAGAGCAGACAAUUUUGGGCCACGUGACAAAAUGUUUGGACUCCCCCGCGUUACAAAAAAAGAAACUCCACCAGCAGGUCCAUACAUGUGAACCCGUCCCGCCACUCCCCACUCCCCCAACCCCGCUGACUCCACAUGAGGGCGGACUGAGUGGACCGGCGGCGGCUCGCUGCAGCUGCAGGACGGCAGAUGGCACCGCUGCGCCGUUCCUGCGGACCGCUCUUGGCUCGGAGACGCGUCCACGUUGUUCGCACUGUCUGCUUUCGCUCCACUUCCCCUCUUCAGCGUCCCACCCUCACUCUCUGCCUCUCCAGCUUCCAGUGUGCACCUAUCCGUCUCCCACAAGCAUCAGCUGCCUCUUCCAUCAGUCUCCGCGCUCCUACGGCGCACAGAAAUAAACCAGCAAGGCAAGGCGAUGGGAACUCUGCGCCCGGAACGAGUGGUCUCCGCGGCCGCUGCGAGCCUCUGCAUCUUCCUGCUGACCGCCGCGGCGGUGUGGACGGCGCUGCCCAGAGCCGUGCAGGGGGACGGCGGGUCUUUUAGCCCGCGCGGCGGUAGCGGGAAGGAUCGGACGUUUGACGCGGGCGGUGGCGGGGAGCCCCGCGCCAGGAGAGCCGUGUCCUGGGAUAAACGGAUGUCCCUGCUCAGCAGCUCGUUUGUGCUGAAAGGAGAUGCGACGCACAACCAGGCGAUGGUCCACUGGACGGGAGAGAACAGCAGCGUCAUCCUGAUCCUGACCAAGUAUUACCAUGCCGACUCAACCAAGGUGUUGGAGAGUUCGUUGUGGAGGUCCACUGAUUAUGGGACGACCUACACCAAACUCAACCUGAUUCCAGGGACAACCAUCGUGGUGACCAGUUUCUACAUCUGUCCAACCAACAAGAAGAAGGUGGUCAUGGUGGGCUCGUCCAUCAACGAACGAGACCAGAUGCUCUUCAUCAGCACAGACGAGGGCUCCUCCUUCCAACGGCAGGCGGUCGCCUUCACACCAGAGGCCGUCAUCUUCCACCCAAAGGAGGAAGACAAGCUGCUGGUGUACUGCAAGGACGGACGGCUCUUCGCUUCAACUGAUCUGGGCCGCAAGUGGACUUUACUUCAAGAGAGGGUGACCAAGGACAGAAUCUUCUGGUCUGUAUCUGGUGUGGAUGUGGAUCCUGAUCUGGUGCACAUGGAAAUGCAAGAUUCAAGUGGAGGUCACCUCUACGUUACCUGCCUCAUCCAGAACUGUUCGGACAAAAUGCUGACCGCCCAGUUUCUGGGUAGAAUUGAUCACAAUUCGCUGCUGGUGCAAGAUGACUACAUAUUUGUAAAGGUCACAACAGGUAAUCGCACCAAGCACUACGUGUCCUAUCGGCGCAAUGAGUUCGUCCAGAUGAGGUUUCCCAAGUAUGCCCUGCCCAAGGACGUUCAGAUAGUGAGCACAGACGAGAGCCAGGUGUUCCUGGCCCUCCAGGAGUGGUACCAGUCAGACACGUACAACCUGUACCAGUCGGACUCGCAGGGCGUCUAUUACUCCAUGAUCCUGGAGAACGUCCGCAGCACCAAGCAGCCGGAGGAGAACGUCCUCAUCGACAUCCUGGAGGUGCGUGGGGUGAAAGGCGUCUUCCUUGCCAAUCAGAAGGUCGACGGAAAAGUGACGACUCUCAUCACCUUCAACAAGGGGCGGAGCUGGGAACCCCUGGCCCCGCCCGCCACGGACAUGAACGGCAAGCCAGUCAGCUGCAAAGCACCGGAUUGCCACCUCCACCUCCACCUGCGCUGGGCUGACAAUCCCUACGUCUCUGGCACCGUCCACACUAAAGACUCGGCUCCGGGCCUCAUCAUGGGCGCUGGUAACCUUGGCUCCAAACUCGUAGAGUAUAAGGAGGAGAUGUACAUCACUUCAGACUGUGGGAAGACAUGGAGACAGGUGUUUGAAGAGGAGCAUCACAUCCUGUAUCUGGACCAUGGUGGAGUCAUUGUUGCCAUCAAGGACACUUCUAUUCCCCUCAAGAUACUGAAGUUCAGCAUUGAUGAAGGCAGAACCUGGAACAUUCACAACUUCACCAGCACGUCUGUGUUCGUCGACGGACUCCUGAGCGAACCAGGAGACGAAACUCUGGUCAUGACUGUGUUUGGCCACAUCAGCUACAGGUCGGACUGGGAGCUGGUCAAAGUGGACUUCAGGCAGUCUUUCCCCCGUCAGUGCACUGAGUCGGAUUACGAGUCCUGGCAGCUCACAGACCUCCAGGGGGAAAAGUGCAUUAUGGGACGAGAGCGGACCUUCAGGAAGCGGAAGGACAGCUCGUUCUGCGUGAAAGGAAAGAGCUACACCUCGGCUCUCGCCGUCACGCCCUGCCAGUGCACCGACGACGACUUCAUCUGUGAUUACGGCUUUGAGCGCUCCUACACGGAGGGCGAUCGAUGCUUCCCGGACUUCUGGUUUGAUCCCGAAUCUCCCCCAGAGAGCUGCCACCUCGGACAAAACUACCAGUCUAGCACUGGCUACAGGAAGGUGAUAUCAAACUCUUGCGAGGGAGGCCUCGACAAACAGCAGAGCGCCAAACAGCACAACUGCCCUCUGCUGCCCCCUAAAGGACUGAAGGUCGGCAUUAAAGGCCAGAUGCUGGCCGUGGCCCCUGGCGAUGACAUCACGUUCAUCGUCCACCAGGAGCAGGGCGACACGAGCAGUACCAGGUAUCAGGUAGACCUCGGCGACGGCGUUCGAACCAUUUACCAGAACCUGACGGUGACCGACGAGCCCAUCCAGCAUCGCUACGAAAAGCCCGGCGUUUACAAGGUGACGGUGAAGGCGGAGAACAUUGCGGGACACGACGAGGCUUCCAUGUACAUCCAGGUCACAGAGCCUCUGCAGGAAGUUCACCUGGAAGCGGUUCCCAUCGCCAGGAGAAACCGUGAAGUCAACCUGUCGGCCAUAGUUCUUCCCACUACAGCCAACCUGACCGUCUUCUACUGGUGGCUCGGCGACGGCCCUAAGCCCAAACUGACCCUCCAGAACAGCCUUUUAACCCGUUUCCCCGAGAGCGGAGAGGUUUCCGUCACCGUCCAGGCGUCCAACGGCCGAUCGAUGGUGCAGGACACAAAGAUCGUCAGAGUCUAUGACAACUUCCAAGUCAUCCCGCUGAGCUUCAGCAGGAACCUGGACCGUUUCAACCCCAACAUCCCGGAGUGGCGGCGUGACGUCGGCCAGGUGGUCACCAAGCUCCUCGCCAAGACCACAGGCGUACCUCAGGACUCUCUGGUUACCGUGGUGAACCCAGGCCUCCCCACCACGGCCGACCUGUACGUGUUGCCGCUGGACUCCAAACCAGCCAAGGGCAGCGUAUUAGUAGAUAAGCGUAUCCCAGCGGUGGUUCAAGCGGUCAGCGACAAGAACAUCAGCUUCAUGGUCCGAGGCGGUCUGCGGGUGUUGGUGAUGUUGGCCGACCCGAACGCAGGCUACCACGGAGCAGCUGGAGGCCCAGGUGUUUGGGCGCUGGCUGUCAUAUUCCUAAUAAGCGUCGUUGGCACUGGCUCGUUCAUUCUGUACAAGUUUAAAAGUCCUUGGCCUAGGACUGAGGACCCCUAUCCUCCACUGUUUUUCAGAAAGCUCCCCGGCAACCGCAACAUCUACGCCCAGAUGCACAACGAGAAGGAGCAGGAGAUGACCAGCCCCGUCAACCACAGCGAGGACACGCAGCACAUCAUCCAGGGCGAGGAGUUCAUCGACGACGACCUGGACUCGCAGACUCUAGGUAACACGGGAGGCAGCCCCGCCUUCCGUUCUCUUAUAAGGACUACCACUAACCACUGCUACUAAAACAGCCAGGCCACUAACUCCAGCAGCUAACACACACCAAGGCAACCACUCAGGUGUGAUCCUGAGCAUCAACUCCAGAGAAUUACACGGUUACCUGAGCAGCUGAUGGCUGACGGGGCAACGCUGACGGGCUAGCCCAGCCUAGCCGAGCCAGCUAACAAGCACAGGGACUCUGACUUCCUCUUCCUCCCCUCCCCCGAUUCUCUUUCUAUCUCUCUCGUUUUUUUUUCUCAUCCACGUUGGAGACAUCAGAUCUACCCGACAGCCUCUUCCAACCCAACUCUUUGGUGAUCUCUUUGAAUUUUUUUGUAUUCCACGUUCCUUUCAAUUCAUCUCCACUCUGAAGAAGUUUAAGGUUCAUUUGUUAAUUUGUGCAUCAGUGCUUCAGAAAUGUGCUGAAGUAGCACAACUUCCCUUAUUGGUCUUAACUGAUGAGACGGUUGAUCAGUGCAGGCCAGCAGCGACUGAAAUCAGGCCCCGCAAAAGUAUUACCUUUACCUAAACCUUUAUUAUUAUUAUUUGUCAUGUUGCAGCUCUGAACUUCAGUGUAUUUUAUUGGGCGUUUAUGACGCAAAGUAGCGUAUAUCCUCCUGACUACCAUGAAAAAGAGUGUCAAAAUUUGAACUACGGGUAGUCACGAGGAUGUUUGUAAGGUAGAAAGAAAUGAUACGCGACUUUUAAAUUUUCAAAGAUAAAACAAAUCGAUUAUUUGUAAAACCACAUUUUUCUAUGUAACAAGGUUACAUGGAGAACAUCUGCGAAAAGAAACGCUUCUCCAUUUGACUUAAAUCGUUACUUGGACUAGGCCACUCUUAACGUGUGAGUGUGCGUUUCUGUAAACCGUUCCGUUGUAGCUUCAGUGGUAAGGAGAACGUCUUUCCUAAUGUCACAGGCUGUUUUCAGAGCCUAAGAUUUUUUUUUGUCGCAGUUUUUAAUCUGUGCCAGUCUUUCCCUUUGCAGCGUCCCCCACAGCAUGACGCUGCCACCACUAUGUUUCCUGCUGGUGCGGUCAGAGAGAUGUCUUGUAGUGUUCUUCGUGUAUGCCAAAAAAGCUCAACUCAGGUUUUCCUUUGAUUUAUUUUGCUCAAACCGAGGAAAGAAUUUGGACAAAAAUUGUGUCAACAACAUACUUUUUCCUCACUACACAAAAUGCAAAAAUAAAUAAAUAAAUAAUAAUAAUAAAAAAAAUAAUAAUUAUCUGAGAACAAAUCAAAACAAAAUACUGUUUGCGGUAGAAAUGCCAAAAAUAAAGCAAAAUUUCAAGAGAAAAUCUGAAAUCAAAAUAAUAAAUCUUACAAGUAUUCACACCCCUAUCAAACAACCAUGAAUUGUUUUCCUUCUACUUCACAUUACGCAACAAUUUAAGUCGGUGUGUUAAUAAUACAUUGAAGUUUGUGGUUGUAAUGUGCCCAAAUACAGAGCUUUGAAGGGGUAGGAAUACUUUCCUGAGGCACUGUAUGGUUUUGUUUGAGCCAGCUUUUAGUCCUUCACUUACUUUUCUUCUCCCCCAAAGUUAGCACUCCUCUCUUUUUACAAGGCAAUAAUAAUCUCAAUGGAAUGUACAGUAUAAUAAAACCCUUGUGAACUUGCAUCUGAAGGGAAUAAGCAUGCAAACACAAGAGGGCGGUGUUGCACUUUCUUGGAAUUUCCACUCACAGGUACUUCUCACCUUGGGACUACACCAUUAUCUCCACAUAGCUUUGAUCUUUCCUCCCCUCUUCCUCUUUUUUUCUACGUCACCGUUGUUCCGGAUCCUUGUUUAAAAUCGUAUGAAUAUCGAUGUGCGGUGUUUCCAGUGAGUAUCAGCUCUCGUCUGUCCCAUGGUGCCUAAGACGGCAGACUAAGAUCUGCUCUGUGACAUUUCUCUGUCAUCAUGCUAUUUGUGUUUUAACUCUCCCGCGGUCUCGGGAGGAGCAGGGUGGGAGGGGCGAGAGGUUCCCGAAACCACAAACACGUACACACACACACACACAAAAAAAAAAACUCGUAAAAAGGUCGCGCGCGGAGUCGCCGCACAGGGUAAACAGCUCGCGGCUUCUUAAUCAGCCCCGUUUUUGACCGCGGGAGCGUUAAAAAUGAAAAGAAGAACAAAAAAGAAUGGCCCUUUCUGUUCCUCCUCCUUACAAGUUGUGGGUCGGAGCGGACUCUGUUCCCUUGGAGACGAAGGUUGCGACAUGAGGAGAAAGGGGGUAAGUCGACGUAUUCUGUAUCAGCCUAUAUUAGGCGUAGCUCACGGUGAAAUCUUGUCUCUUUAAAGGUUUGGUUUUGUUGUAUGUAAAUGUGUAAAUAUGAACAGCGAUUUCCACUUUGUAUAUAUUCCCAUCAACGUUUGUGUUUGACUACCGAAAUAAAUUUUUUCUUUUUUCCUUUCUCCUUCUGCAUUGAUUCACCAAUGACUUUCCUAAGGACUAUAUUAAAAAAAAUGUUUCCUGUUUCAUUAUCAUCGCUUGCUUUCCAUGUAUCCAUUUUCAAUAUGACUGUGUUUUCCGAUCAGGAAUAUUUCGCACUUGUCGCUAACUGGAAGUAAGACUGUCAUCUCCAAAAAAUGCUGACAGCUACUGUAUACAGUAAUUAUUAUGAAUAUGGAUAUUUUUGAUACACAGGUUCAUUUUCCCUUUCUGUUGACCUCUUGCUGAUGACUUUGUGCGAUUGAAUGCACUAACUGGUUUUACGUAGUAUGACACAGUCCGACGAAAACCUUAAAUCUGAAGGCCUUUGCAGACAACCAGCAGCAGCAGCUGCGUUUCCAUUGACCAUAAAAUUUGAAUUAGGAAAAUAAAUUCGCUUAACGCAGGGGUGGGCAAUCCUGGUCCUGGAGGGCCGGUGUCCUGCAACUCUUAGAUGUCUCCCUGGUCCAACACACCUGAAUACAAUAACUGAGUCGCCUCCUUGGUGCAGUCAAGUUCUCCAGAGUCCUGCUACUGACCUCAUUGAAGUAGAGACAAAUCUAAACGUUGCAGGAGACCGGCCCUCGAGGACAAGGAUCGCCCACCCCUGGCUUAAUGGAUGGCUUUUUUUAAAUAAACAAACUUAAUUUACUUGAUUUAAACUGGUUUCUUAUUUAACGGAAACACCAAAAUUGUUGAAUUGUGACAUCAUUUUUUGAGACAUCAGCUAACAUUAGGUUUUGCGCCCAUCUGUUACGGAAACACAGCUACUGUUGCCACGACCACUCUUGGGGUUUAUCACGUAUUGAAUACGGCACAUUACAUUCACUUGUUUACACCUUAGAUCAUCUUUUGUACAUAUUCUGCUCAUGUUCCAAUUAGUUUUCGUAGUGAGGUGUCGUCAUUGUAUCAAUGUUCCUUUAAGCGAGAAGGGGGGAACGUGAGGAGUUGUGAUAUUCCACUGUAUUAGUCCAGUGAGUUUCACGGAGGACGACACUGACGUUGUGAUUUGUACCACGCUGCUUUUUCUUUGGUUGCGUUUUCUAUUCGCUGGUUUGUUUGAUCUCUUCGUUUGUGUGCUGUCUCUUCAGGAAGCCUAAUGCACUGAACCUGCAUCCUGAAAUAAAUC